AUGUUUGAAGUCAGAAACCAGCAAGAAAUAGAUAAAGAAAUUCUUGGCUCAAUUCUGGCUCAAAAAGAAGAGAAAACUACCAAGCUUAAACUAGAAAAUGAAAAAUUACUUAAAAUUUUUGAAGAAACUAAAGAUUUAAAAUCUAAAGCUAGAUCAAAAGCAAUUCAGAAAAAAAUUGAAAAACUUGAGAGAAAAGGUAGCCUGCCUUUUAUUUGUGACAUUCUCAAGGUUUUUGCUAGAAAAAGCUUAAUUUUUGAUCAAAUGCCUGACAAUAAAACAGUUUCGAUCAAAUAGUCCUGAGGAAAUAUCCCAUAAGAAAAGCAACAUAGCCAAGAGAAAAUCCAAGCAAGUUGAGAUCGCUGUAAAUAAGAGUUUAGCCCCUGUUACCCAAGCAGAAGAAUCCGAAUCUAUAAGUAUCAAUGGAGAGCUAAAAUUAAACAAAGAAUUUUGAGGAAAAUUACUUGAUCAUCAAAAAGCAGCUCUUGAAUGAUUAUGAGAGAUUCACAAGAAAAACGCUGGUGGGGUUUUAGGAGAUGAAAUGGGGCUAGGUAAAACAAUAGAAAUCAUUUCUUUGCUUGAAUCUUUACGCUUGACCUCUUUAAUAGAAGGUCCAACACUUAUUUUGGCCCCAGCUACUAUAAUUCAUCAAUGAAAAAAUGAAUUUUCCAAUUGGGCGCCGAAUUUCCAAGUAUAUCUUUAUGAUUCACAAAGGUCAAAAAUCCUUAAAGAGAUUUUUAAUAAUUGUGGAAUCUUAAUUACGACAUAUGAAAUUCUGCACACAGAAGGCCCUGCUUUAUUAAAGAAAAAGUGGUUUUAUGUCGUUUUAGAUGAAGGACACAAAAUAAAAAAUCCUAAUGCAGCUGUUACUCAAAUAAUUAAAAAAAUCAUGUCAAGCCAUAGAUUGCUGUUAACGGGGACGCCUAUACAAAACUCUUUACACGAACUGUGAAGCAUUUUUGACUUUGCUUUUCCAGGACUGCUAGGAUCAUUAGAAGUAUUUGACCGAGAAAUUGCAGCACCAAUUAAUAAAGCUGGAUAUUCAAAUAGUGAUCAUUUGCAAGUAGAAUUAGGCUAUCAAUGUGCACUUCAGCUAAGAGAAAUGAUUUCACCUUAUUUUUUACGAAGAACAAAGAAAGAAAUUGAUAUAGGGAUUCCUGAGCAAGAAGAAAAGCUACUUUUUUGUGAAUUAACUGUUGAUCAAUGGGAAAUUUAUAUAAACUAUAUAGAAAAGUUCUGAAAUAGUGUUACUGAGGUUAAUAAAGGAGUUACAUUUAGAUGUAUAAAAGAUCUUAGGCUGAUAUGUAAUCAUCCAGAUUUAUUGAAAAAUUCAGUUAUAAAAGUCAUAGGUGAAGAGAAAAAUUAUAGUUCUGGGAAAUUGGAAGUAAUGAAACAGUUAAUUGAAAUAUGAGGAGAUGAAGGCCACUCAAUAGUAAUUUUUUCUCAAUUUAAAAAAAUGCUUACUUUUCUUAGUCAAACCAUUAAUUGAUUUAAAAAAAAAUUAAUUUAUAUUGCCACAAUAAUUUUAGAAUAUUUAUUAUAAUAGAAGAAGAAAAAAUUUAUAUUUACCCUACCCUACAUUCCAGAACCAGAAAACAACUGACUCCUUAUUAUAAUAGGAAUUUAAUAUUUCUGAAGAAGUAUUAAGAAGCGCAGGAAUUAAAUUCGGAAGAAUUGAUGGAAAUAUUAAUAUUGAUGACAGAUUGCCAAUUAUCCAAAAAUUCAAUUCAGGGGAAAUCACAGCUUUACUAAUGACUACCAAAGUUGGUGGAUUUGGAAUAAAUUUGCCUAAAGCUUCCAGAGUACUAAUUUUAGAUCCAGAUUGAAAUCCAAUGAAUGAUUCUCAGGCAAAAGAGAGAGCUCUUAGAAUAGGCCAAUCAAACAAAGUUUUAAUUUAUCGAUUCAUAACAAAGCACACUAUUGAAGAAAAAAUUUAUAAUAGGCAAGUCUUUAAAACAUUUUUGGCUAAUAAAAUUUUGCUUUGCCCUGAUCAGCGAUCAUUUUUUAAAAAUAAUGAACUAAGAGAACUAUUUUCAAUUCCUCCAAAGCCAGAAGACUUAAAUACAGUAGAAAGCUGUAAUUUACCUCAAAAGCGGAAAAGGGAAAAUAUUAUAUUAAAAUCAUUAUUAGAUAGUGAAGGAAUAAAAACUUAUAAUGAGCAAAAAGCAAUUGGAGGUGUGGAAUGUGCUGGAUAUAGAGAAAUAAAUAGAAUGAAAACACAUGCUUAUGAGUAUUUUUUAUUUAGGCUUGCACAAAUUGCAAAAAAUAAUUUAUAUUUUUUCCUAUAAGAAUGCUUUAUUUUUUAUAAAUUUAUAAUUUAGCUAUUUUUAUAAGAAAAAGGAUAAUAAAUUCAAUAAGAAAUAAUCAAACUGCUGAUAAUAGAAGAUUAUUUGAAAUCCAAUAUAGAGACAUCAAAAUAGGGAAUGGUAAGGCUCGAGAUAUUAUUGCUAAAAAAAGAAAAGCUAUAGUCAAAGAUACAACUGAAAAGCCGAGAGUGGAAGAAUCAAUCGUGAAUGAUUUGCAUGAAUUUUUUAUUCAAAAAGGUGGAAAAGCUCAGUCGAAUGAAAUUAUAGAGCAUAUUAGCAAGGAGCUUUGCCCUUUUGAUAAUAUGCUAGUGAAAGAAGUUUUGCAUCAGUUGGCUAACUAUCCCCAUUCUAUGAUGAUCAAAACCAUUGAAACUAUCAUUAAUUUUUGGAAAAAGCCAUUCUGUUGGCUAUUAAAAAUGCUUAUACAUAAUAUUUUGAUAUAUAAGUAAUGAUUUAUAAAUUUAAUGGUUAGCAUUCUAAAAUAAAAUUUUUGGUAAUUUUACUAAAUUGGGAAACCUUUUUUAAGUGGGAAAAAAAUUUGCUCGCUCAAGGAGAGGGAGUAAGAGAAAAAAUGGUUUGUGGGUUCUGAGAAAUGAGUUCAUAACUGAAUAA